AUUGUCUUCAGGUUCAACCAUUUGUUGCUCCGACGUGCUCCCAAUCAGAGCUUCAGAACUUUUAGUGGCUUACGACUAAACUUUGGUGAGGUGUUCUGCUAUCGGAAGCGCCGCGACGGACGGACAUCGCGUGUUGAGUUUGAUUUAUUAAGAUUCUGUGCCGUGGUGUUGGCAAGUGUUUCCGGUGAGAAGAAGCUAGUGACGGUAGUUAUAAAAGAGUUCAUUAUUGGCCCGAUAAGUGUCCCGCUUUACCGUCCGAUGGUUGUCGAUUGGAAGCUGCAAUUGUAAGGCAGAACAGAAACCGGCGGGAAUAAAGGAUUACCGCUCUUUAUAGCACAAAAGCCCUUGGUAGAACAGACCGAAUUAUGUAUAGCUUCCCCAUGUAUUCUAACAAAAUGCCAAAACUGUCGGCGGUUUACAUCAGCCUGGUUCUCGCGUUAAUCCUCGUGCAGAACGCCAACGCAAAGCGAGGUUGCGCCGCCUUCGGUCACGCUUGCUACGGAGGACACGGUAAAAGAUCUUCGGCGGUGCCAGAGGAGGGACUACUGUACGGGAGUGUAAAUGACCGUUUAAAAACCGGCUUACCGCCGUUACCGUACCUGAGGCUGCCACUCAUGGAUCGUGGCAAGAGUUUGGAAGUCGCUCCCGAGCUGAGACCGGUCAGCGUUGAAGCAGGUUAUAGAGCUGGGGACAGUGUUGACGUCAGUGAUCAGCAAGAGGAACAGAACCGAUUCGACAGAGGAGUCCGCUUUGCGAUGCACGCUUUCCUUCGACAGUUGAUGGACGAAAACAGAAUAACGGCACAGAAACGACAGCAAGCGGAAAUUGGGUUCCAGAAUAGUGAGGCAGGCACGCAAGUGCUGAAUGCCGAGCAAAAGUGAACGUUUCGUUGCAAUCCUAAAAAUUGAAACUGGCGGUUAGUAGAGUCCAUGCUAGGAUUAACCGAGGCGGAAAACUAUGGAAAAUCACUACCCAACUUGAGCAGCGAGUUUAUUUUAGUUGUCGUUUAACGAUAGUCCAAUCUGGAAGCUUUCUAUGCGUUGACUGAGAAUAUCAUUUAUUUCAUCCCGUUUGUCGAGAGAUUUUAGUUUAAAUGCGAGGAUUGUCGUUGCAUAAAAAUGAUACAAAAGUGUUCGGGAAGGUAGAAGCGAGACUUAUAAUCAGUGGUAACAAAGCGACGACCGGCCACAAACAUAACUACUAAAUAGGCGACAGAAACUGUGUCAAUAUACGAUAGUUGUUAUUACUUUAAAUAUUAAUUGAUUGUAGUACCUAUUACCAACUAAAUAAGACAUGCAAAACUGACGAAAUAAAGCUCUAACAAAUAAAUAGUUGAAUGGAACCUGUUGGGCUGGAACAGUUUGAUUCAAUUAUUACAGAACGAAA